AGCCGUUGCUUAACCCAGCAGCGAGGCACUGCGUCUGGCAGUCAUCUGGGUGCUCAUCCUCGUGAAGAGCAGAGGACUAGCAAAAAGGUGGUGUGUGGAACACAGGCUGGGGUUAGCACUGAAGGACACAGGAGAAGGCAGGAAUGCUUAUCUGUGAGUUUUAUGAGAGUUAGUGGACAUCACUGAAGGGCAGCACAGGAAAUAUGAGCUAUGGAUGCUCCCAUGCCCUUCUCCAGCCUAUCUACCCUGAGGGAAAAGCUUGUUGCUUCUGCCCAUUUAUACGGGCACAAUAAAUUCACCUUAUAUCCUCUCAUCAGUCCAGGGGCAGCACACUUCUCAGAAGCAGAGGGGUUUAGGAUGCCUCUGGAACCAUGAAUUCAGCUAUGAAAGGCUUUAUAGGGUUACAUACAGCUAUAAUAAACAACUAAAGCCAUAGCACAGCUCCUGCAGAAGCCUCUUCACAACCAUUUGACUGCUGCCUUUUAGCAGGUCCCCUCCUCUUCGCUAGCUUUCGAGGUACAAUAGAUUUCUGUGCUAGAAAAAAGAGCUGAUGGGAGCGGGAGUAGAGGAGUUUUUUUAUAGGGACCCUCUAUGAAGGUGCUUGGGGUGCCGGUGGGACAACACAGUCUCACAUCCCCACACCCAGGGCAGAGCUUCUGUUGCACUCGAGGGGCAUCUCCGAGGUGCUGCCCAGCGUGGGGUGGAGGAAGAAGAGGAGGAAACACCACCACCCCUCCCCCAGGCAGGGGGCUGCAGGAGCGGAUCUCGGGCCGGUGGUGGGAGGAGAAAGUAGCGCCGGGCGGUUUUAUAUACGGCAAGGAGGCGGCUGAGUGCUGUGUGCUGCCCGGAGCGAUGCGGGGCCGGGGGCUGCUCUGCGGCAUCGCCCUCUCGCUGCUGCUGCGGCCGCCCCCGGGAGGGGUCGUCGCCGGCUCGGAGCCGCAGCCCGAGGUGCUGGUGCCGAGCUGGGCAGCCCUGGGGAGCCCCAGCAGCGAGAAGCAUCCAUUGAGAGCUGAACUCACAGUAAAGGCAGAAGGCCAGGAGCUCAUCUUGGAACUGGAGAAAAAUGGAAACCUCUUUGCCCCAGGUUACACAGAGACUCACUACAACCAGACUGGACAGAUCCAGACCACCCCUCUGGCCCACACGGAGCACUGCUUCUACCACGGGGUCGUGCGGGGCCAGGAGCACUCCAGUGUCACGCUCAGCACAUGCCAAGGGCUGCGAGGACUGAUCAUGCUGAACAGCAAUUCCAGCUAUAUCUUAGAACCAGCUCCUGACAGCCCAGACCAGCAUUUAAUCUACAGGCUGGACAAACUGAAGUUGCAGGGAGGAGCCUGUGGCUACCAGGGCACUGGGGAUGCAGCUGAAGACUGGCUCAGGGACUUCACAACUGGGAUGAAACCACCUCCUCAGCGGGUGAAACGGGAGACUCUCCAGGCUAUGAAGUAUGUGGAGCUUCUGCUUGUGGCUGAUAAUGCAGAGUUUCAGAAGCAUCACUUCAACAUUGAAGCAACAAGGCUUAAGUUAGUGGAGGCUGCUAAUUACGUAGAUAAGUUUUAUAGAUCUCUGAAUAUCAGGAUUGCCUUGGUGGGGCUGGAGAUCUGGAGUAAUAGGAAUAAGUGUGAUGUAAGUGAGAAUCCCUUCUCAACCCUGAAGUCCUUUCUGGCCUGGAGCAGUAGGGAGCGGAAGCACAGGAAGCAUGAUAAUGCUCAGCUAAUCACGGGUGUGCCCUUCCAAGGUACCACAGUAGGCUUGGCUCCUGUGAUGGCCAUGUGCUCUGAUUACCAGUCAGGAGGAGUAAACAUGGAUCACUCUGAUAAUGCCAUUGGCGUUGCUGCUACCAUUGCCCAUGAGAUGGGACACAAUUUUGGUAUGAAUCAUGAUUCAGAUGGCUGCUGUACUACCUCUGCAGCAGAUGGAGGCUGCAUCAUGGCCGCUGCAACUGGACACCCAUUCCCCAAGGUGUUCAACCAGUGCAACAGGAAAGAGCUGGAGAAGUAUCUGCAGUCUGGUGGAGGGAUGUGUCUGUCCAACAUGCCGGAUACCAAAAAAAUGUAUGGUGGGAAGAAAUGUGGAAAUGGCUACUUGGAAGAGGGAGAGGAAUGUGACUGUGGAGAGGUGGAGGAAUGCAAAAACCCCUGCUGUAAUGCCAGCACCUGCUCCCUGAGGAUGGGUGCUGAGUGUGCCCAUGGCAGCUGCUGCCAUCAGUGCAAGUUGAUGUCUCCAGGAACCCUCUGCAGGGAAAGGUCAGGGCUCUGUGACCUCCCAGAAUACUGCACUGGCGAGUCGCCGUUUUGCCCUCUCAACUCUUACCUGAUUGACGGGGCUUCCUGCGAUGGAGGAAAGGCCUAUUGCUACAAUGGCAUGUGCCUCACCUACCAAGACCAGUGUGUGAAGCUGUGGGGGCCUGGAGCAAGGCCAGCACCAGAUGCCUGCUUUGAGAAGGUUAAUGCUGCUGGAGACAUCUAUGGGAACUGUGGGAAGGACAUCUAUGGCAACUACAAGAAGUGUGAGAUGAGAGAUGCUAAAUGUGGGAAGAUCCAGUGCCAGAGCUCUGCUUCCAAACCCCUGCAGUCCAACGCGGUGUCCAUUGACACACAUAUCCACACACAGAGGUGCCGAGGGACACACGUGUACAGGUCUGAGAGUGAAGAGGAGGAGGUGCUGGAUCCUGGCUUGGUGCUGCCGGGAACAAAAUGUGGGAGCCAUCACGUUUGCUUUGAUGGACGCUGCCAGAACACAUCCAACAUCUUUGAGGCGGAAAGCUGUGCCAAGCAGUGCCAUGGCAAUGGAGUUUGCAAUAAUAACAAGAACUGCCACUGCAACCAGGGGUGGGCCCCCCCAUUUUGCAACAAGCAGGGUAGAGGAGGAAGCUUGGACAGUGGUCCUCCCAUGCCUGAAGCUCCUUCAGCAGUUGUGAUAACUUUUGCAAUCCUGGCUCCCAUUCUCCUGCUCAUUGGAAUUCUGGUUUUAUUCUAUUAUCUCAAGUGCUGGGAUAAAUUUGCCAUCUGUUCUCUAAAGAAGACCCUACAAUUCAGUGACUCCUAUGAAAAUGGGCAUGCAAACCCUGCCUUCAAGCUGAAAACUCCCCAGCAGCAGAGGAAGGUGAUUGGCUUCCCUGAAAUCCCAACCAAACCUCCUCCCCAGCAGCCUCCAGGGCUCCGAAUGAACACACAGCAGUCAUCCUCCUCCUCCCCUGGCUACAGCUGUGGCAUGGCUCAGCCUGCUAGGCCAGCACAGCCGGCACCUCUGAAGGACAUUGCCCGGGGGCCACCCCCGAGCAGGCCAGUGCCUCCUGCUCCCAAACCCCCUGUCUCUCAGUCUAUUUCUAGGCCUCGGCCACCCCAAAGAGCUCUGCCAGCUGAUCCUGUCCCAGCUAAAUCCAGAGCCUGGCCAGGGAGCAGCUCUGCCACCUCGCUGCCUCCUGUGCACCACAGAACCCCAGGUCGGCUCCAGCCUGCUGCAAAGAAUACUGGUGUCAGGAUACCUGGAGCAGUGAAUGUCUUCCAAGCAGGACAUCCAGGCUUACGUGGGCAUUCGUGAAGCAGUCUGUUCCUGACCUGCUCUGUCCUUCACAAGGGACUGGACUGUCUUCAUCACCCAAAAAAAUAUUCACUGCCACAGACAGCAUCUUGGUUCCUCUCCUUUUAACCUAACCUUUCUCCUGUGUGACUCAACAAGCUGCUGUCAGGCUUGGCAGGAGUGCUGGUACGUGCCAAGCUGACCUCAGCAAGCUCUGUGAUAGCCUUUUCCGUACAGGGAUGACUUUGUUUAUAUGGUAUUUAAAUAUUGUUGUGCAAUAUCCGACGCAGGGAUGGGGUGAUGGGGGGGUUCACGUGGUUUUAAUAGGUUAUUUAAGUGUUACGAGGAAGAACAAGCAUUAAUUGCAAAUGCUGGCCCUGAUGGGCUUUUAUGUAAGACCCAACCCUUUUGGCUUCCUGAGCCCAUCCACACAGCUGCAGGAGCAUAUGUUGGUGCUAUACAGACACUGCUGCCUCUUGGGAGAGCAGAAGGCAGCUCUUGAUAACUUUCUUCAGCUUAUUCUCAGUUUACAGUGGGUGGUUAAGUGAGGCCACAACAGGGAGCAAACCAUGGAAAUAUUCCUGGCUAAUAUAAUUUGUUGGUCACUGAUUUUGAUUAGAUUUAACAAAGCAGACUAAUUCUCCCCCAUACAACCUUUUUUUCAGCAAGAGCAUUGCAACCUAUCUGUCCUUCAGCACUCACUUGUCCUACCUGAGUGCUGUAAGAGCUGACAGCAUCCCUUGUGCACAGUGACCUGUGCACUUUCAUCCAUGUCACUGGGACACAGUCAAGGUACGACAGGGAAACUCUGGCCAAGAUACAGUGCAAAUGGCCAUAAGAAAGCUCAGCAAAAGCCAGUGCUGAAACCUCCUCUCCAGCAUACGGUACCAUGGAUAAUCAGUAGAUGCUUUUGCACAUGUCUCCUCAGGCUUUGCUCUGUGCUGAGCAGUAAUUCAGCAUGGGCUCUCUGUUCUUCAUACCAGUGAAAAAACCUACCUUAAAAUUGCCCAGGUGGUAAAACUGUAGGAAUAUUGAUGCAACACAUGGUGCUUUUCUAGGGCAGCUCAUUUACUCCAAGCCUCUUUUGCCGUGAUGCGGAUGGAGAGAGCUGUCUGUGUGCACUUUAAGCAGCUGAUGGUUCUGACCACGAGGAUUCUCCCUUAUGAAUUUGUUUCUUUUCUCCUAAUGGUUUGGGCUUUUGUACAUUUUUUUUUCCCUCAGGAUUUUAAAUGACAGCCUUUUGUUAUGCCAAUUUUUUUAUUACUGUGGCUUUUUUUUUUUUCCUUGAAAUGAUUUCCUAGGAGGACACAAGGAAUUCUGGAGCUAUGGCUACAACAACAGAUUUUUUUGCCUGAUUUAUUAUAGGCAAAUCCUCCAACAGUGUGAUUGCUGCUGCACAUGUGAGAAACUAUUAUUGGCAUAAAGAAGUCUUGUCUGAUAGUUCCCUUUCCCUAAAGAGACUGAAAAAUGCCUGAUUAAACCCUGAGCACUCAUUAGAUUUGUAGUUCUGUGUAGCAGUGUAUCUGCAGGAUGACUUAAACCACACUAGUUUUUUACAACUUUACUACCUCUUUCUCCACAAGGAAACAAUACACAGGCUGUGUCUUGAAUUUCUGCUCAAUUAUUCCUUAUCUUGAUAAUUUUAGGCUUUUUCUUGCCUUUUGUAUGCCUGGAACACAAACCAACUUAAAAUACUUCUCUCUGAAAGCAGGGAUGGCAAGUGAAAGACUUCAGCUUUUUAUUUGUUGCUUCUUUCUAUGGCUGGAUUGUGUUACAUAUAAGCAACUCCGAGCACAUGUGCCCAGGUAAUGUGGCCUUGGAGUGCCAUGUUUUACUGCUCACAGGUGGUGCAGUAAGCUGGGCACAUGCUGUAUGUGUGCUAUAGUCUAGGUGACUGGAUAGGGCUGGGUGCUACGUUGGACUGGAUGAUCUUGGAGGUCUUUUCCAACCUGGUUGAUUCUAUAGUAGUACAGAUUCUACCCCAAAAGCCUGAUCUUAUAUCUGAGCCCUCGCAGCACACUUCUGCUACAGCCUCUGAGCUUUACUGAGUGACCACCCAAAAUCACUAAGAAUAUUCUGGUAGCAGUUCAUGUGAACAUAGCUUUAAAGAAAGGAAAAAUCCCCCAGACACACAAAGCUCAGAGUACAACUGGAUAUGCCCAGAUCCUAAUGGAAAACAUCAUUGCUGGAAUAUCAUAAAGUCUCCAAAGAGUAGUUUUUAAACAAAUCCUUUUUAAUAUUUUAUAUAUGUAUGUGUGUGUGUGAGUUCACUAAAGAUAGAGGAACUGCAGGAGGAGAAAAAGAUGGUAAAAUGUGAAUUCUUUUUUAAGAGAAUGUUUUCUUGGGAGAACACACACCAAAAUACAUCUCACUUUCUCUUGUGUCCACGUUUUAAUGGUUUACAAUAAUGCUCCCUGUGCAUCUAUGCAAAUACUUGAAGAAUGCAAAUUCAUUGUGCCUUUUGCCCUAGUUUUAAUAAAUUUGUCAGUUGUCAUUAACAAA